GCCAACAUGGAUGACAUUGUUCAGUUGAUGGGUCCUGUCAAAAUGGCAACCACUGUGAUGUGUGAAGAAGACCAGCCAACUCUCUCUGUAAUUGCUCCUCUUCAAGCAAAACUGCUGAAACACCUACAGCCAUGCGAAGACGACUCAACCCUGGUUGCAGAGAUGAAGAGGGUGAUGGCCGAUGACCUCUCCACACGCUACAGAGGCACCCAAGAUGCUCUCAACAUAGCAUCAGCGUUGGACCCUCGAUUUAAAGAACUGCCCUACCUGGAAAAAGAGGACAGAGAACAGGUUUACACAAAACUGUUUUUUGAGGCAGAAGUGUCCCACCAGAGCAGAAAUUUGAACAGUUCACACAUUCUUACAUCAAUAGAUGCAAGCAAUGGGAAAUCAGGAGGAAGACGAGGGAAGCUCAAGCACAAAGCUGUCACGAUUCAAUGAAGAGACCACAGCUCCAAAUGAGUCACCUCCUUGUAAGAAGAAAGCCUUAGAUGCACUGUUUGGCGAUUCCUUCACCCAAAGAGAAAGAAAAUCCACAAGCGAGACAGCCAGAGCAGAGGUGUUAAGGUACCGAGCAAAAGAUGCGUUGCCUUUGACUGAAAAUGCCAUGAAGUGGUGGAGAUCUCAGGAGAAAGAGCUACCUGUACUUUCAACCCUUGCUAAACGGUACCUGUGCAUUCCAGGCACCAGUGUGCCAGCAGAGCGAGUUUUUAGUACUGCUGGUGACAUAGUGAACGCACAGAGAAGUGUUCUGCGGCCAGAUCAUGUUGAUCAGUUGAUAUUUUUGAAAAAAAAUCUGUAGAGUCAUUGAAGAGUAGUUGGUUACACUUGAUCUUUUGUUGAAUAUUGUUUGUUUAUUAAAAUGAGUAGUAGCAGGUUCAGCCACGGCUCAUUCAACCUGAAGAAAUGUUGGUUGCACUUCAUUUUUGAUAUUAAUACUGUAUUUGUAUUAUAUUUAUGUUGAAAAACAACAGCAAAAGUAGCAGGUAAACCUACUGUUAAUUCAACCUGAAGAGA